AUGGCAGUCACUGAACGGGCCCAUAACGAUCAUAAUAUAUUGGUCAGGGGCCACGGAAUGAAAGAGAUCUAUCGCUCUUGGUGCCGUGUACAUCUGAACCGGGAGAUUACCUUGCAAACUAAAAAAGAAACUGUAGCCACUAAAAAGCUAAAUGCCUCUGUAUCUCUGUUAAAACCUGCAUUAUCUUCACUGGACUUCAUCUCCUGGAACACAAAACUGGACUUACAGUCGAAGCUGCAGCCUACCUUUGAAUCAGCUCAAAGUCUACUGAACAUCCACAUCCUAUAUUUUCAGGCCAUUUCCGUCAACAAAAUGAAGGUCUUGGCCAUUGCUAUCACCUUGUGCCUCGCAGUGCUGUACACUCAGGCUUUACCAGCCGAAAUGCCAUCUUCACCACUGCUGCUGAGUCGGGCGGCCAGGUCACCUCGGUUCCAUCCCCGAGACUGUGUCCCGUGCAAUUGUAAAACCAAGAUCACUCACAUUACCAUACUCGAACAUGAAGUCAGGCCAACAGCCGCAAGGUUCGGCGGUCACGGAGGCGGCCGCCCGUGCUGCCCAUGCCCUGGAGUUCCCUUCUGAUGCCGCUGUUUCUCAUGGACCGAUGGCGUCAAUCUUCUCAAUAUGUUCUAGACGGAAAAUCAUAAAAAUAAAAAAUACAAAAACACUGAGCAACCCAAAUGUUAUACCAUUAUUGAAUGUAUUCAUAUGCAAAUAAAAUUGGAGUAACUAAC